CCCGUGAUGAUCGCCGUGGUCGCGCUGUGGUCCCUACGCCCGCACCCAGGGACGGGCGGCGCCCACACCCGCACUCCGGGCUGUUGAGUGGGGCGCAGCCACGGUGUCGGCAGGCCGCUGAGGCCCGCCCAGAGAACCGCCCGCAGCAGCAGCAACGCCCACGACGCUGCUUCUGCUGCUGGUGGUUGAGGUGGUGGCGCUGGCUCUGCCUGGCGGCGCCCGCCCACCAGCACGAGGAGGACACACCUCAGCACCAGCACCAGGCAGCGGGGGGGCACCAGGCGGCGGCGGCGGGGCACACGCACAAGCUCCUGCCACGACUACAGCGCCCUCAGGAGGGGCAAGAGGAGCUCCCCUCUUUAAACGACGGCGGCGGGUGCAGCAGCGGUGGCGACGAAGGCGCUGGUGCGGUUGGUCAGGGCAGCAUGGCGCUCCUAAACACGACAAACUCGCCUCCCGCCCAUUGCUUCGUCAAGCGGACUUUCCACAAGCCCGUGUACUGCCACCACUGCACAGACCUGCUGUGGGGCAUCAUCGGCCAGGGCUACACCUGCGAGGUGUGCAACUUCGUGGUUCAUGACAAGUGCAUCAAAACUGUGGUAUCGCCAUGCUCCAGCGUCGCCCCAACACUUGUCAAGACGCCCGUGGCCCACUGCUGGUCCGAGCCUGCCCAUCACCGCAGACGCCAUUGCAACGUCUGCAGGAAGAAACUGGACGACACGCUUGCCAUAAAAUGCGAAGUGUGCGAGUACUACGUGCACGUGGAGUGUGGAGACUUCACUGUAGCCAACUGCAAGGACUGCGCUACCUUCGUGCCGGAGAAGAAUCUUCCUCAAGUAGUCCAACAACACCACUGGCGGGAGGGCAACCUGCCGCCCAACUCCAAAUGCGUGGUGGACAAGAAGACCUGCUGGACCGCCGAGUGUCUGGCGGGGAUGCGGUGCGAGUGGUGUGGCUUCACGGUGCACGCCAUGUGCGCCGAAAAGGUUCCGCCUGAAUGCUCUUUUGGGCUACUCGAACCUAUCAUGUUACCCCCUUCAGCAGUAAGCAUUCCCAGAACGGAAGUGCCAAUGGAAGCAAUAAUCGGGGUGCAGAGUCGAAGAAAGGACAUUCUCUCUCCCCGGAAUAUAUCAGUCGAGUUCACCGGAGGAGACUACAGGCGAGAUCCCGACGAGUCAAGAGAGCGCUCAAGGGAGGAGAAAGAUGAAGACAUACCGAAGCCCCGGGCGGCGGGUUCAGAAAUUCCUGAGCAGUGCCAAGUGUACUGA